AUGGCAACUGUAACUUCCGGUGGCAUUACCGAUGUGCCUGGAGCUGCCAACAGUGUCGAGAUUGAAAAUCUCGCUCGCUUUGCCGUCGAUGACCACAACAAAAAACAGAAUUCAGCUCUGGAGUUUGUGAGGGUGAUCAGUGCAAGGCAACAGGUGGUUGCAGGGACCUUGUACUACAUAAUAUUGGAGGCAAAAGAUGGUGAAACCAAAAAUGCGUAUGAAACCAAAGUGUGGGUGAAGGAAUGGUUGAAAUCCAAGGAGGUGCAAGAAUUUAAGCUCGUUACUAAUGCUACAACAGAAACCAGAGUUGGUGGAAUUAGCGAUGUUCCUGCUAACAGCAUCGAAAUUGAAAAUCUCGCUCGUUUUGCCGUUGACCAAUACAACAAAGAUCAGAAUGCAAAUCUGGUGUUUGUGAGGGUGAUUCAUGCAAAGCAACAGGUGGUGGAAGGAUUCUUAUUCUACAUAACUUUGGAAGCAAAAGAUGGUGACGAAAAAAAAGUGUAUGAAGCAAAGGUGUGGGAGAGGUCAUGGUUGAACUCCACGGAGUUGCUGGAAUUCAAGCCUGUUACAGUUACUCUUAAUCCUCUUUCGGUCUCACUAUAG